AUGACUAUCAAACAAAAGGUAUUAUUUUUAGAAAAACCAAACGUCGAUGAUCUCAAACAAUUUGAAGUUAAAUUCGAUUGUAUAUAUUAUACUUUGUCAACUUUAGAGCAACUUCUCAUUGAUUUCCGAACUAGUCUUAAAGAUAUUGAAGGAAUAUAUUGUGGUUGGAAUGGGUUUGGUGUGUUUGGAGGGUUUAGAGGUAAAUUACUUGUUCACGCUCCCCGACACUUGAAAAUAGUUGCAACAUGUUCCGUUGGUUACGAUGCUUUUGACAUUGAAGGAUUAUCAGAAAGGAACAUUAUUCUUACAAAUGUUCCUUCACCAUUUGCUUUUGAAGCUGUUGCAGACUUGGCAUUGUAUAAUGCCAUUACUAGUUUUAGAAAUUUCAAGUUAUAUGCCGAGAAUCUUAAUAAUAAUCAAUAUGCUCACUCAGGAAUUUCAAGAACAUCUAUGCUUCAUGGUGAAUUUGAUCAAAGUUCUGGAAAGGCAAUUGUUGAACCAGUGGUUGGACAUACUUAUGGGUAUGCCUGUUGCAAAAGAGAUAAUUUAUCACCUAGAGGACACAAUGCUGUAAUAGUCGGUUUUGGACACAUUGGUGAACUCAUUGGAAGAAGAUUAGCAUGCAUCGGCAUGAACAUUCAUUACGUUAAACGAACCAGACUUUCGGAAUCUCAAGAAAAAUCAUUGGGGUAUGAAGUGACUUAUCAUGAAAGUUUAGAAGAAACAAAAGAUAUUGCUGACUUGAUAAUUAUUGCUUGUCCAGGAACUCCUUCAACCAGACACAUGAUAAAUAAACAGUUAAUAAGUAGUAUGGAAAAACCUUUUAGAAUCAUCAAUAUUGGAAGAGGGUUUGUAAUUGACGAAGAUGCUCUAGUGGGAGGGUUAAAAAGUGGUAAAAUAUUGUUUGCUGGUUUAGAUGUAUUUGAAAAUGAGCCAACCAUACAUCCAGACUUACUCGGUAGAGAUGAUGUUGUGUUAACACCACAUAUUGGUUCCGGUAUUGCCGAAAAUUAUAGGUUCACAGCACAUGAAAGUAUGAAAAACAUUGAAAUCACACUUCGAGGAUACGACGAAAAAAUAAGUAGAGUAAAUUAG